AUGGCCACGGCCGCGAGUCCGCCUACGGCUCCGCCGUUGGCUGCGGCGGGAGAUGUCUCCGAGGUGGAGCUCUCGGAGGCGGGAUCGCCGGACCUCGGCAGCCGGAGCAGCGGGAGCGGGAGCGGGGGCAGCGGCCGGAGCGCGGCGGAGUACUCCGGGUGGGUGUACCACCUCGGCGUAAACUCCAUCGGCCACGAGUACUGCCACCUCCGCUUCCUCGUCAUCCGCGGCAAGUCCGUCGCCAUGUACAAGCGGGACCCGCACGACCAUCCGGGACUGGUCGGUUCCCCCGUUCCACUCCUCUCCUCCCUCCUUGCCUCUGUUUUGGUUCUGCUGCUUGUGAUGGCUGCGCCGCUUCUCGUGGAUCACGCGUUGAAGCUUGACAGAGUUGUGCGGGUUGGGUGCCUAACUCAAAGUUGUGGGGUUUGGCUUUCUAUUUGCUCAACUAUUGAACUGCCACUUUGUGUUGUUAAUUUGGAUGUUUAUGUUCUGAGGUUGUACAAUCGGUUGAAUCAAACAAAGAAAGGAGAGAUAGCAUGUGCUGCUCCUGGUGAAGCCCGGAAAUGGAUUGAAGCAUUUGAACAAGCCAAACAACAGGCAGACUAUGAUCUGAUGAGAGGGGUUAGCUGGAACAGAUUGCAGAAUGAAAAUGAGAUUAAUCUUGAUGGUCAUCGUCCUCGGGUUAGGAGAUAUGCACAAGGCUUGGGGAAACUUGUAAGAAUUGGUAAAGGGCCAGAAAUGCUCCUUCGUCAGUCUUCAGAUCUUCGAGACCAGGAAAGGGUUAAUACGAACUUUGGAGGUGAUUCUGGAGAUGCAUUUGAAGCACAUGAAUGGAGAUAUGUUCGAACAUUUAACGGUAUCAGAAUUUUUGAAGAUAUUACAAAUCCAAAGGGUGGAAAGGGGAUACUUCUAAAAUCUGUUGGGGUGGUCGGUGCAAACCCUGAUACUGUGUUUGAAGUGGUUCUCAGUCUUGAUAAGCAUAAGCGAUACGAGUGGGAUAUGUUGACAGCUGAUUUGGAGUUAGUGGAAACAAUUGAUGGAUACUGCGAUGUGGUUUAUGGAACCUAUGAACCCAAAUAUUUAAAUUGGUGGAAAUCCAAGAAGGAUUUUGUUUUCUCCCGGCAAUGGUUUCGCGGACAAGAUGGAGCAUAUACCAUUUUGCAGACUCCUGCUGGUCACAAGAAAAGACCUCCAAAGCAUGGAUACGAGCGUACGAAGAUCAACCCAUCAACAUGGGAAAUAAGGAGUUUGAACACAUCAGGAUCAUCGAGUCCAAAAUGUGUUGUUACUCUUAUGUUGGAGAUUUCUCUUAGUUUUUGGGGCAGAUGGAAGAGAAAGCACUCCUCAAAUUUUGACAAAAGCAUCCCUUUUGCUUUGCUCAGCCAAGUAGCAGGUCUAAGAGAGUACUUCGCAGCCAAUCCAGCCUUGACAUCUGAGUUGCCUUCGACAGUAGUGAAGUCAAAAGCAUCUGAAACUUUGAUCAUCCAGAGUGAACAUGAAGAUUCUGAACCUGGUGAUGAAUUUUAUGAUGCACUUGCUAGAGGUGAAUCCUUCAAAGAUGAGGAUAGUGAUGAUGAUGAUGAUGCCACAAGUCCAAAGGCUGGAAAAGUGAAGUUGAAGAAUGUGUCAUGGGCUAUUGCAGGUUUGACUUUAAAGACAACUAAAGCUUUGGUUGAGACCAGUGAAUUGGUUACAAAUUCUAGUCCAGUUGCUGUUGACCCCAGCCAUUUCCAUGGCACCCUUCAUAGAGCGAAAAGCGAAAAUGAUCAAAAUUCUUGGAGUGCACCUGGUGGGGAGAAGUUUAUGAUCAGAGGGAAGACUUACUUAACAGAUUACACCAAGGUUGUUGGCGGGGAUCCACUUCUAAAGCUACUUGCGGUCGAUUGGUUCAAGGUUAAUGAACGCUUUGAUUCAGUUGCCUUACAUCCCAAAAGCCUUGUGCAGUCAGAAGCUGCAAAGAAGAUUCCUUUCAUAUUGGUUAUCAAUUUGCAGGUUCCAGCGAAACCAAAUUAUAACUUGGUCAUGUACUACGCUGCAGAGAGACCAGUGAACAAAGAUUCUUUAUUGGGUAGAUUCAUUGUUGGAACUGAUGCAUACCGAGAUGCCAGAUUUAAACUUAUACCAAGCAUUGUUGAGGGUUAUUGGAUGGUUAAGCGUGCCGUAGGAACAAAAGCUUGCCUUCUGGGAAAAGCAGUAACGUGCAAUUAUCUUCGCCAGGAUAACUUUCUGGAGAUAGAUGUUGACAUUGGUUCAUCGUCUGUUGCCCGGAGCAUUAUUGGUCUAGUAUUGGGAUAUGUCACAAGCAUAGUUGUUGAUCUGGCUAUUCUUAUUGAGGCCAAGGAAGAGAAAGAGCUCCCCGAGUACAUUCUGGGCACUGUUCGUCUGAACCGUGUGAAUCCCGACAGUGCUGUAUCAAUCUAA